AUGAUCCCCGGCGCUAGGACCCGGCGGGACGCGCGCCCGGAGCCUGCGCCAUGCGCGGCUGCAGCACGGGCUCAGCCGCAGCCGCCGCAGCACGCACCGGCCGCCGCCGCUCGCAGGGAUGCGCCGCGGAGCUCCCGCUGGGAAUGCCGCCGGAUCCGCCCGCACACGGCGGGAUGCGGGAGCCAUGGCAACGGCCCGGAGCCGGGAAUGCUGCAGGAGCUCCGGCUCCACCAUCGCUCUACCCCAACGUCCCACCGGGACAGCCCGGGAGGGGUCACCCCUGCGACACCCCACGGGACACUGCAGGCGCGGCUCCGAGCGCAGCACGUCCCGGCGCGGGCACAGGCGCUCCGCGGCAGCCGCACGCGGGACCCCCGCACGGCCCGGGGAGGGGGGGACACCCGGAGCUGCGCGCGGCGGCCGGCCCCGCUUUGUCCGCGUGGAGCCCAGCGGCGGGCCCUGCGGCCCCACCGGCACCCGCAGGGGCGGGACCCCACCGGCACCCCCCCGCACCGGGCCCACCGCAGGGGAUCCCGCCAUGCCCGGCCCGGCCCUCACCCGGCCCCGGCCCCGGCCCCCCCGGUUCGGCCCCCGUACCUGCCGCGGGCCGCUCCCAGCGCCGCCUCCCGCCGCCGGAGCCCGUCGUGGCGAGGCCCCCGCAGGCCCCUCGGGGCUGCCCUCGCGCUGCCGCCCCGCCCGGGCGCGCGGCCGGCCGAGCCCGCCGUCAGGCACCGCCAGGGGCAGCCCGCGGGGGGAGAAGGGCGGAAGGGGCCUCCCGUGGCGCGCACGCGCAGCGCGGGCAGUGAAGCGGCGGGUGGCGGCGGGGACAGGCGGGGCCCGGGGGGGACCGGGACCCGGCGCCGGGGCCCGGCACCGGGCAGGGGCGCGGGCACGGGCACGGGCACGGGCACCGGCAGCGGCACCGGCACCGGGCGCGGCCCGCGGGAGCCGCAGCAUGGGGCGCGGCGGGGAGGGGCCGGCCGGAGCGGUGCGGCCGGGUCUCGCCCGCCCGGAGGAGGGGCCGGGCCGGGCCGGAGCAGGAAGCGGGAAGCGCCGCGGAGCCGCCGGCCGAUGCCGCGGCGCAGGGAGGUGCCGGCGCUGGGCAGCCUGUGCCUGCAGAGCCUGGCACAGCACAUGCAGAGCCUGUGGGUGAGGGACUACAGUGACAACUACCUGGACGAGUUCCAGUUCCGCUUCGUCAUGGGCCCCUUCAACGACCUGCCCGGGAGCGCGGUGCAGGAGCUGCUGCGGGUGCUGGGCGAGAGCCGGCGCCUCACGCGGGCGGCGCUGCAUCUGCUGCUGCUGCCGCAGCUGCGGGAGCUCAGCCUCAGCCCCUGCCCCGGCCUGGCCAGCAACGGCAUCGCCCGCCUGCUCGCCCUGCGCUGCCAGGGCCUGAGCUCGCUGGAGCUGCGCGGCUGCAGCCGGCUCUCUGCCGCGGCGCUGGAGGCGGUGGUGGAGGCGCUGCCGCGGCUGCAGCGCCUGGUGCUGGCGGCCACGCAGACAGACCAGCGCGUGCUCUCGGCGCUGGGCCGCUGCUGCCGGCACCUGCGGGAGCUCGACGUGUCGCACUGCAGGAACCUGUCCCCCCCAGCGCUGCGGUACGUGGCCUUCGACCCGGUGCAGCGGCGCCGGUGCUGCCCCGCGCUGCGCGUCCUGCUGGCCCGCGGCCUGGAGCUGGCGGGGGACGGCGGCACGGCCCCGGCCCCAGCGCUGGCCUUCCUGCUGCUGGCGUUGCCGUGCCUGGAGUUCCUGGCACACGGCGCUGUGCCGGACGCCCUCCGCCUCCUGCACGGGCAGGAGCUGGAUGGUGCGGAGGACGCCGAUGGCUUCCCCGCGCUGCAGGAGGCGGCGCGGUGGCGGGGGGCAGCGCCGGGUGGGCCCCGGCUCACGCUGCCCCUGCGGCAAGUGGAGGACGUGGAGGAGCCCGACCUGGCCGUGAUCCGGGCCAUGUGCCCGCAGGCCGAGGAGGCCAGCGUGUGGCUGAGCAAUGGCACCGGCACCGCGGAGCUGCAGCGCUGGGACUCCCUGUGCCGGCUGACGCUGGGCUGUGCCACGGGCCGGGCGCUGGCGGGGCUGGUGCCGGUGGUGCGGAGCCUGGGCCCGCACCUGCAGAGCCUGACCCUGCACGGCUUCUGCUGCCACGACGGGCAGGCCCUGGCCGCGGUGCUGGCGGCGUGCCCCGGGCUGCGGGCCUUCAGCGCCGAGCUGCACCUGCCACCGGACACCGACACCGCGGAGCCGGCCGAGGAACCGCGGCGCUGCGACACCGACCCCCUGCCCCGCGGCUGCCCCCAGCUCCAGACCUUCUCCUUGACGCUGGCCGACGGCACCGGCUCCGGGCUGGCGCUGGGCGCCACGCUGGGCGCCACGCUGACCUCGCUGCUGUGCCGCGCGCCGCGCCUGCAGCGCCUGCGCCUGCUCGCCAUCCCCUUCCCGCUGGAUCCCGUGUUCCAGGCGGUGCUGGCGGCGCCGGGGCCGCCGCUGCAGGAGCUGCAGGAGCUGCGCCUGGCCGGGAGCCGCGUGUCCGGCCGCGCCGUGCGGCUGCUCCUGGCUGCCCGCAGCCCCCUGCACCGCGUGGACCUGAGCCACUGCCGCGACAUCCAGCGCCGCGACUACGCCGGCUUCCUGCAGAGCGCGCGCAAGCAGCGCCUGGACCUGGACAUCGCCUGGGAGUGACAGCGCCGCCUGCGCCCGCCUUUAAUAAAGGAGUUGUGCUGCCGAUGGCGGCACCUUCAUGGUGA